AUGGCGUUUCAAUCUCGAACACAACGAAUGCUUUCUUUAGCAAAAUCAAGCAAAACUAUCUAUCCUCAGCAACUAAUUUCAGUCUCGAUGGUAAGUCACAAAUUUUUAACUACUGGUCAUACUCAAAUGCCAGUUGAUUCUAUGCACAGUCGUAUUGAGAUACAAAAGCAACGUGCAUUGAAAAGUGGUCCAGUGUAUAUUCCAGCACAUUGGGUUUCAAUAAUUAAAUUGGCUAAAAAAAAAUGGAAAACCGUAUACCACAACUCGAAUGAAUACAAAAGAUUUCUUCGACCUAUCUACUUUAUGUAA